GUUUUUGGAACAAACUGAUCAGCAAGAGCAACUGUCUAAGAAGUGGGGGUUCAAAAAGUCUGACAUAAGAGAACUGAGUAACCAUGAAUUCUUCAUGCCGGGAAUGGUUGACACACACAUUCAUGCCCCUCAGUAUUCAUUUACUGGUACAAGAGUAGAUCUACCUCUUUUGCAGUGGUUGACUACCUACACAUUUCCAACAGAAGACAAAUACAAAGACAGCGAUUUUGCAGAAGAAGUAUACACCAGAGUUGUUAGACGAACUCUAAAGAAUGGCACGACUACAGCUUGCUACUUUGCAACAAUUUACACAGACACUUCUCUUCUUCUUGCUGAAAUCAUAGAUAAAUUUGGUCAACGAGCAUUCGUUGGAAAAGUCUGCAUGGAUAUGAAUGACACUGUGCCACAAUACAAAGAGAUUACUGCUAACUCUGUCCAAGAGACAGAAAGGUUUGUUAAAGAACUACUGGAAAAGAAAUAUCCAAGGGUACAGCCUGUAAUAACCCCCCGCUUUGGCCCUUCCUGCUCAGAGGAUUUGCUAUGUGCCCUUGGCGAUUUAGCACAGGCUUGUGAUCUCCAUGUGCAGAGUCACAUAAGUGAAAAUGAAGAAGAACUCAAACUUGUGGAAGACAUGUUUCCUGCCUACCAGAAUUACACUGAAUUGUAUGAUAAAAACAAGCUGCUGACCAGCAAGACAGUGAUGGCUCAUGCCUGUUACCUUUCUGAAGAAGAGCUGAAACUUUUUAGUCUUCGUGGAGCUGCAAUUUCACAUUGCCCCAAUUCCAAUUUUUCGCUGCGCAGUGGUGUCUUAAAUGUGCGAAAGGUCCUGAAACACAAUGUGAAGCUUGGUCUUGGGACAGAUGUUGCUGGUGGAUAUUCAGCUUCUAUGCUUGAUGCCAUCAGGAAAGCAAUUAUGGCAUCUAAUAGCCUUCAGAUCAAUAAAGUGAAUGAAAGGGGGCUAACUCUUGAAGAAGCUUUUCAACUAGCCACUCUAGGAGGAAGCCAAGCUCUAGGACUAGAUGAUGUGAUCGGAAACUUUGAGGUCGGCAAAGAAUUUGAUGCACUGCUAAUCAACACAAAGGCUUCAGACAGCCCUUUUGACUUGUUCUCCUCUGAUAGUUUUGAGGAUGCUGUCCAGAAGUUCCUGUAUUUAGGUGAUGAUCGGAAUAUUUCUGAAGUUUAUGUGGCUGGAAAGCAAGUGGUUCCUUUUUCAAGUUCAGUAUAAACCCAUUUCCCUUUUGCAAAAUACUUGGUUGAUCAUUCUGCAUCUGAUUUGGAAAAGAAACACAGUGCCUGAUUAUCAGAAAUGACACCUCAUUUUUGUUUAAUGUUUUAAAACUUGCAAACAUUUAGACCUUUUAGGAGUUGCGGUAUCAAUAUUGUCACAGUUCUAGAGGAAAAGGAUAUUUAAAUUUCUGUGUAAAAAUAACGUGUGAAUUGUUAAGGGAUUUGGUAAAUACCUUAAUUAAAGAGGAUACCUGCUGUUCAUUUUAAUAAUAGUGUGGGAAGCAUUAUUAAGAGCAAUGAGACUCUCAUUAUCUAUAAUGCAUCUGAAUUAAAAAAAAAAAACACUGCUAGUAAAUUGAUUUUGCAGAUAAUGAAUAUCACAGAAGAAUGCAAUUUUCAUAUUAUUAUCACCAAGUAUGGAAAAAACAGUCACAUUUUGGGGCACUUGAACAUUUUUCAGUUUUCUUUAGGAGCUUAUUUUUUUUAA